AUAAUAUUUGCAUAUAAGAAUAUUUAAUUUACCUAGUUUGUUACUUUUUUGGCUAUAUUUGAUGCAGACAUGUUUUAAAAUUCUUUAUUACUUUUUACUUGUAUUAAUUCAAGCAUAUAUACACUUCUUUUCACACUUUCAUUUCAAAAUAAUCAUCUAGCUAGCUGAUUUUUAUUGUUUGCCAGGUUACAAAUGAUGAACCAGAACAAAUGGGAAGAAGUGAUGACAGGGAAGCAGAAGUUUUGCUGCUUUCUAAUGAAAUGCAAAACCCUAAUCUGAGGGAUGCAGCUGCUAUCUCUACACGGAUUCCCACUCUUCCUGAUCUCAACAUGCUUCCUCUUGAUCUCAACAUGCCACCUUCGACAGAGGAGGAAUUGGAGGAGGAGGAAGACAGAGAUCAUCAUAUGGCAACCCAUGAGUCAGAAAUACAAAACCCUCGUCCUCAUGUGGGUGAAGCUAAUGCAGCCGUUAGUAUUUCCACUUGGGUCAGCCCUAUUAUUGAUCUCAACCUCUAUCCUCUUGAUCUUAACAUGCCACCCACACAAGAAGAAGAGAACGGGCAACCCAGAGAUCAUCGGGCAAUGCAUGUCUUCCAGAAUAAUCAUCCUUCCCAUCACAUUCACUCUCCUCAAGAGGAAGUCUCUAGGACCCCAAGAGCACUUGAUCCCCAGCUACAGCUACAGCUACUUUUCAGAUUAUUAAAUUCCCAUUUUCAGCAAAUGGGACGAGUUGAUAGCAGCAGAUUGCCGGAGGGAACAAUUAUGCAACAUUUACAAAUAAGAUAUUGUAAUAUUGCUACAACCACAAGUCCUAGCCAGGAACGUCCUGAUAUAUGUGUCAUAUGCCAGGAUGAGUAUGCAGCUGAGGAACUAGUUGGGGGUCUUCGAUGUGGACAUGAAUAUCAUGUGCAAUGUAUAAGGCAAUGGUUGAGGAGGAUCAACAAAUGUCCAAUUUGCAGAGCCACGGCCAUAUGAACAUGUUUUUUUUCCAAUAAGCAUGCUUGUAUGCCUUACAAAUAGCAACGCAUUUAUGCUAAAUAAAAUUAAUUUAUGCCUCCUAAUUUAUCUGAGACCCAUUUCUCUUGUAAUGAUAAGUGGUUAUUAAUCCAGUGAU